AUGCUGACACAUGUGGGCAGCAAAUGCUCCAGAGAACUCCUAGAUAAAGGAACAAUCAAGCUGAAGGUGCCUCCAGGGCUCCGUGGCCAAGCUCACCUGAAGGUUUGGGGCAACAGGCACCUGGCAGGGGAAGGGCACAUCUUCCACAACUACACCACGGUCACCAUCGACAGCAAGGGCUCCUCCGUGUUCAUCCACACCGACAAACCCGUCUACAAACCCAAGCAGAAAGUGUUGCCAAAGUUUGAGCUGCUGAUUGAUCCCCCGCGCUACAUCCGGGACCUUUCCCUGUGUGAGAAAGGAACUGUCCAUGCCAGAUACACAUUUGGCAAACCAGUGACAGGGAAGUUAAUUGUCAAUAUGACAAUAAAUGGUGUUGGCUACUACAGACAUGAAGUGGGACACCCUGUCCUCAAGACCACCCAGAUGGACGGCUCGGCGCAGUUCGAGGUGUGUGUCAGGGACAUGAUGCCGGCCGACGUCCCCGAGCACUUCCGAGGCACCGUCAGCAUCUGGGCCACGGUGAUCAGCUCCGAUGGCAGCAAGCAGGUGACCUUUGAUGACUCCACGCCCGUCCAGAAGCAGCUGAUUGACAUCAAGUACUCCAAGGACACCAGGAAACAGUUCAAACCUGGGCUGCCUUACAAAGGCAAGGUAGAGGUCACUUACCCCGAUGGAAGCCCAGCUGACAGAGUCACCAUCCGAAUUAAAGCCGAGCUCACACCAAAGGACAACGUUUACACAAGUGAGCUGGUCUCAAGGAAUGGCCUGGUGGAGUUUGAGAUCCCCUCCAUCCCCACAGCUGCCCAGUAUGUCUGGCUGGAGACCAAAGUGACAGCAAUUGAUGGGAAACCCUCUGGGGAUCAAUAUCUGCCCAACUAUUUGUCCAUCAGCAGCUGGUACUCACCCAGCAAGUGCCACAUCCAGCUCCAGGCACCAGAUAAACCUUUCCAGGUGGGAGAGGAGGCCUGGAUUGCAGUGAAAUCCACCUGUCCUUGCAACUUCACUCUGCAUUACGAGGUGGCAUCAAGGGGGAACAUCGUCCUGUCGGGGCUGCAGCCCAGCAAUGUCACCCAGCAGAGGAGCAAAAGAGCCACCACAGCCCUGGAGAGGAACAUUGACCUCACACGCUUCCCAGGAACAGCACCUCCCAGCACUCCUGCAGCAGAGGUUGAGGUGUGUGUGACCUUCCUGAGGUUCUCUGUCGUUCACGCCAUGGCUCCCCUGGCUCGGCUCCUGGUGUACUACGUCAGGGAGAACGGAGAGGGGGUCACGGACAGCCUGCAGGUCCCUGUCACCUCCUCCUUUGAGAACCAGGUCACCGUGGCGCUCUCGGCCAACGAGACCAGGCCUGGUGACGUUGUGAACAUCAAGGUCCGAGCUGCCAAAGGGAGCUGUGUCUGCCUGGCCACGGUGGACAAGAGCGUCUACCUGCUCAAACCAGGCUUCCAGCUGACAGCCAGCCAGGUGUUCCAGGAGCUGGCAGAGUACGAUGUGUCCGAUGCUUUUGGGGCUCCCAAGGAGGAAGGGCACUUCUGGUGGCCCGGCAUGUCCUCCCGCCGGCGCCGCCGCUCCUCGGUGUUCCCCUGGCACUGGGACAUCACCAAGGACGCUCGCUUCGCCUUCACA